AUUCCCACGUCCCCCGGGGCUCGCUGCCGCCCCCGCCGACGCCGAGAGUCCGGCCCGGGCCCAACUGCCUCACGGGCCCCCCGGCGGCGGCGGCGGCGGCGGCAGCGGCAGGGGCAGCGGCAGCGGCGGAGCCCACCGCUCGGGCCCCGAUGAGUAACUCCCGGAAUAACCGGGUGAUGGUGGAAGGGGUCGGGGCCCGGGUAGUCCGCGGCCCGGACUGGAAGUGGGGCAAGCAGGACGGCGGUGAGGGCCAUGUGGGCACAGUCCGGAGCUUCGAGAGCCCCGAGGAGGUGGUAGUGGUGUGGGACAACGGCACCGCCGCCAACUACCGCUGCUCUGGGGCCUACGACCUGCGCAUCCUGGACAGCGCGCCCACGGGCAUUAAGCACGAUGGAACCAUGUGUGAUACCUGCCGUCAGCAACCAAUCAUUGGCAUUAGAUGGAAGUGUGCAGAGUGUACAAAUUAUGAUUUGUGCACAGUUUGUUAUCAUGGAGAUAAACAUCAUUUAAGGCAUCGCUUCUAUAGAAUUACUACACCAGGAAGUGAGCGGGUUCUGUUAGAGUCUCGUAGAAAAUCUAAGAAGAUUACAGCCAGAGGGAUCUUUGCAGGUGCCAGAGUGGUACGAGGAGUAGACUGGCAAUGGGAAGAUCAAGAUGGAGGAAAUGGACGUAGGGGAAAGGUAACAGAAAUUCAAGACUGGAGUGCAUCAAGCCCACAUAGUGCAGCAUACGUUCUCUGGGAUAAUGGUGCUAAGAACCUUUACAGAGUUGGUUUUGAGGGCAUGUCUGAUCUGAAGUGUGUUCAGGAUGCCAAAGGAGGUUCUUUCUACAGAGAUCAUUGCCCUGUGCUAGGUGAGCAGAAUGGCAACAGGAAUCCUGGUGGAUUGCAGAUUGGUGACCUGGUAAAUAUAGAUCUUGACCUAGAAAUUGUACAGUCUUUACAGCACGGUCAUGGAGGAUGGACUGAUGGCAUGUUUGAGACUUUAACUACAACUGGAACUGUUUGUGGCAUUGACGAAGAUCAUGAUAUUGUAGUACAGUAUCCAAGUGGCAAUAGGUGGACUUUCAAUCCUGCCGUUCUCACUAAAGCAAACAUUGUCCGGAGUGGGGAUGCUGCUCAAGGUGCAGAAGGAGGCACCUCACAGUUUCAAGUGGGUGAUCUUGUGCAAGUUUGUUAUGAUCUGGAAAGAAUUAAACUUCUGCAAAGAGGACAUGGAGAAUGGGCUGAAGCUAUGCUCCCAACUUUAGGUAAAGUUGGCCGAGUACAACAGAUUUAUUCAGACAGCGAUUUAAAGGUGGAAGUUUGUGGUACAUCUUGGACAUAUAAUCCAGCAGCAGUUUCCAAAGUGGCAUCUGCAGGAUCAGCCAUUAGCAAUGCAUCUGGUGAAAGACUCUCCCAACUCUUGAAGAAACUAUUUGAAACCCAAGAAUCUGGUGACCUCAAUGAAGAAUUAGUUAAGGCUGCUGCCAAUGGAGAUGUUGCUAAAGUGGAAGAUUUGCUAAAAAGACCAGAUGUGGAUGUAAAUGGACAAUGUGCUGGCCACACAGCUAUGCAAGCUGCUAGUCAGAAUGGACAUGUUGACAUUUUGAAGUUACUCUUGAAACAAAAUGUGGAUGUAGAAGCGGAGGACAAAGAUGGUGAUAGAGCUGUUCACCAUGCAGCUUUUGGAGAUGAAGGUGCUGUUAUAGAAGUGCUACAUCGAGGCAGUGCUGAUUUGAAUGCUCGCAACAAACGCAGGCAGACACCACUUCAUAUUGCUGUCAAUAAAGGUCAUCUUCAAGUUGUGAAGACUUUAUUGGAUUUUGGCUGUCAUCCCAGUCUUCAGGAUUCUGAAGGUGAUACACCACUUCAUGAUGCAAUAAGUAAGAAACGUGAUGAUAUCCUGGCAGUUCUUCUGGAAGCUGGAGCAGAUGUUACCAUUACAAACAAUAAUGGAUUUAAUGCUCUACACCAUGCUGCACUAAGAGGAAAUCCCAGUGCGAUGCGUGUUUUGCUGUCUAAAUUACCAAGACCAUGGAUUGUGGAUGAGAAGAAAGAUGAUGGUUAUACUGCCUUGCAUCUGGCUGCCCUUAAUAAUCAUGUGGAAGUGGCUGAAUUAUUGGUACAUCAGGGUAAUGCAAACCUGGAUAUCCAGAAUGUGAACCAACAAACGGCCCUGCAUCUUGCUGUGGAACGACAACACACCCAGAUUGUUAGGCUUUUGGUCCGAGCAGGUGCCAAAUUAGAUAUUCAGGAUAAGGAUGGGGAUACUCCUUUGCAUGAAGCUCUGAGGCAUCACACCUUGUCUCAGCUACGUCAGCUGCAAGAUAUGCAAGAUGUGGGGAAGGUUGAUGCUGCCUGGGAACCAUCCAAGAACACAUUAAUAAUGGGGCUUGGUACCCAGGGGGCAGAGAAGAAGAGUGCAGCAUCUAUCGCCUGUUUCUUGGCUGCUAAUGGUGCUGACCUUAGCAUUCGAAAUAAGAAGGGUCAGUCACCACUUGAUCUCUGUCCUGAUCCAAGUCUCUGCAAAGCACUGGCAAAGUGUCACAAAGAAAAAGUCAGUGGUCAGGUGGGUUCUCGAAGUCCUUCUAUGAUUAGUAAUGAUUCUGAAACCUUAGAAGAGUGUAUGGUAUGCUCAGAUAUGAAGAGAGAUACUCUUUUUGGCCCAUGUGGACACAUUGCUACCUGUUCUUUAUGUUCUCCACGAGUCAAGAAAUGCCUUAUCUGUAAAGAACAAGUUCAAUCCAGAACGAAGAUUGAAGAAUGUGUGGUAUGCUCAGACAAGAAAGCAGCUGUUCUUUUUCAGCCAUGUGGACACAUGUGUGCUUGUGAAAACUGUGCUAGCCUGAUGAAAAAGUGUGUGCAGUGUCGGGCAGUUGUUGAACGAAGAGUGCCUUUCAUUAUGUGUUGUGGAGGCAAAAGUUCAGAAGAUGCCACUGAUGAUAUCUCAAGUGGAAAUAUCCCAGUGUUACAAAAGGACAAGGAUAAUACCAAUGUCAACGCAGAUGUGCAGAAGUUGCAGCAACAGUUACAGGACAUUAAAGAGCAGACAAUGUGCCCGGUGUGCUUGGAUCGUCUAAAGAAUAUGAUUUUCCUAUGUGGCCAUGGAACGUGCCAGCUCUGCGGUGACCGAAUGAGCGAAUGUCCUAUUUGUCGCAAGGCUAUUGAACGAAGGAUUCUUUUGUAUUAACGAGACACUCAGUGUGUUUUGUUAGCUAAGGUGUUUGGUCAUGAGAUCUUAGUAAGCUUUUAAGCUAGUCAGAGGUUGUAAUGAAUUUUUUAAUAUUAUAGUUUCUUUACUAGAGUAUUAUUAGACUGUAAAUGUAUCAGAACAAAAAAAACUUAACACAAACAGUGGUUGAAGUCAUGUUUUUUUUUGUUUGUUUUAAUUUGAAAUAGCAAAUCCAUGUACUCUGUAGGUAAUUUACUAUUGGUUAAGGGGAAAAUUUCUUAUGGGGUAAUCCUCAAAGGUUCUGUUACAAAUUUGUUAGACUUUUCAUACAGCGAGUUAACAGGUACUCAGAAAAGUUAUGCAUCAAAUAAAAGGGGCAAGUCAAACCAUUGUUGCAUGUAUCAAGGAAAUAUUGAAGAGAGACUUCUUUUUAAGAUAAACAUAAAGUUAUCCAAAUGAUUGUUUCUGAAUUCUUAGAGUAAAUGGAAGCAAAGAAUGAGAGAAUAAUGACUUUGCAUUAAUCUUAUUUUUCUAGAUUUAAAGGGAAAAGGAAACUUGAGUCCAGUUGCCAGUUUCAAAAUGACUGGUAGACAUGAAAAGGAAAAAUCAAUUAUAAUGAGGAACUGAAGGGAGAAAAAUUAUUCAGUCACAGAGUAUCUAUUAAAUAAUAUUAAUGGUUGCCUUUCAUAUAUUAAUUUAUACACUGUUGUGUUCAGCCAGCCUUUAAAAAGAAAAUGCCUGUGAAAAGUGUACCUCAGUUUUCCCUGUGUUUACUUAUCCAGGCUUGAUCUGCCCAGUGAAAUGAUAAUCCCCUAAUUGGCCUCUGAGGUUCAAUUCAGCUUUACUAAAAUACUGAAUAGUGGUACCCCAGUGAUCUGAGAAGGAUAAUGCGUGGUCCAAAGUCAGCAAUCCUUUCUUCACCAUAUCUAUUCAUUCUGACAGUAAUUUUGAUUCUAGGCCUUGCUUCCUUUCUCUCUCAGAUAGUAAGCCUUCCUAUAAAGAAAACAGUCUCUCUAUACAUACAGACAAGGAUAUUAUUUAAACUGCCAGCAAUAUCCAAGACAUAGUAAAUAACCUAAAAAUGAAUACUCACUUUAAAAAGAAUGACUAGGACAUUUACAGAAAUAUGUCCAAUUACCUGUAAAUUUUUUUAACUCAAACUUUUGACUCUAGAACAUCUAAUCAUUUUCUCUCCUUUGAAUGAGUAAUCUUAUCUAGGAUGAAUAUACACAUAAAAAAAGUGUCUUGGGGUUCAUUGCUGCUAGAUAUUAAGAUUGUCAGCUAUUUACAAUAGUGUCUACUAUAUACUGUGUGUAAAUGCACUCCUAAGAGUAGUUAUCUUGUAGAUUUUUUCCCCCUUUGAAUCUGAUCCUUAGGUCAGUUUUUCUGUUACAACAACUUAACUCUCAAAAGUGCAAAGUCUCUAGUCCUCAUAGCAUCAUAUUUCUGACUAUUUAAUGGCUGCUGCCAUUGCAGGUCCUGGUGAAAACAAUGGCAAGCUUUGCUGGCUGGUUUUAUAGUUUUGGUAAUUCCAAAUCUGUGUUUAGCUGAGUCACAUAGUUUAGAAUGAUAAAAUUUUUAUAAAUUUACAUUUGAAAAUUUAUAUUGACUCCACUCAGUUAUCUAAUAAAGGGCCACUGAGGCUAUUUUUAAGCCAUAUUUUGAAGUUAUAAAAAGAACAUCUGUCUGAUGAUCACAUAAAGAGACAAAUAAACUAUGUCCUUUCAGCUUUGAAAAUAAUGUAAGUCCAGAUUGUUCUUUUCUUCCAUGCCCUAGGUCACUCAUCUCUUUUCUAGUAGAUCUGCUGGUAAGCAGGAAGCACCUGCCUGGCUGAUGCGUGCAUAGUUUGGCCAACCAGAGAACUUCAUGGUCUUAGAGCUCUACCUUUAUUUUUUGAGUUAAAGAUUUAGAUAGAGCUAAAUCUUUAUUUGUCUUCUGAGCUGCAGUGCUGAAACUUAUAUUCCUAAAAGGCUACUUCAUUUUCCAGACUUGUUUAUUUCCACCAUAUUAAAGAUACAAUAACUUAAAAACUUAAAAAAGCUACAAAGUCACUAUAAUUACAGUGUUAUGCACUGGUGGAUUUUCUGUAUUUGUACCACUUUGAAAUUUCUUUCUUUUUUUUUUUUUUUCUUGUCGUAGAUGAAGUAACAGGCCCUGAGAUGGCAAGUGUCCCAAUUAUUGUCAGCUGGCCAGCGGGGUUCCUCUAUUUAAGUGGGGUUCCCUUAUCCAGAGCGAACAAAGACACCCAGGAAAAAUGGGAUGAAAUUUCUUGAUGAAUAGAAAAUGUUUCUCUAUUCACCUUUACAAGCACCUGAAAAUAUUUUUUAAAAUUUAUUUUGGGAUUGUGAGAGAGAGAAAGAUUAACUUAAUUGUUUAAAUGACUUUCCUCUAAUUCUGUGAAACUGCUACCUCUUAUUACACGUGUCUCUUGGCAGUGCUUUCCCAGUUAGGUAUGUUUCCUUCUCAUUAUCACCUCUUUAUCUUAUGCCUCAAAGAGCUUUUACUUUUCCUAGAAUCCGUUAAAAAAACAAAACUGACAUGUAUUCAUUAAAAAACAUAUUGGGCUUCAGGGGCUAGAUACAUGACAUUGAAAAAAAAUGAUCAGCAUCUUAGCACAUAGAGAAUUUAUCAUGCAGUUGUAUUUUGAAAUAAUCUGUAGACAAAAAGAAGGAAUCCAAAGGUACUGAUGGCAUUUCUUCUUCAUGUUUUAUAAGAGAAAUCAUUAGGUUGUAUAUGGGCUCCCUUUUUCUACCCUCUCACACCUACCACAUUUUCUUCUUUAUUUUUCUAAGACUGUCAAUUUUGUUACUCAAAACAUACAACUUAAGAAAUGGUGGUGCUAUUAUAAUUGUUUUUCAUUAUAUGUAUUUAAUAUUUCCUGGAAGCAAGAAGGUUAUUCAAGAAAAAAUCAUUUUGUAUUAGUAUAGGAAUGUUAGGCAAGUGUUUAGCUGGCUGAAUUAUGCUUUUUGUAAUUUUAAACAUUGCUAGCUACUGAGGCACGAAAUUAAUUGAUAAUGUUGAAAAUAACUUUCUUAGAUUUAUAUCUUUGAUGGUUUUAGCCUCCAAGACCAUUCUAGCAUAUUGAAAUGCAUGUUGCUUAAGAUUUGUCCAAUUCAAAUUUCAAAACUUGCUUCGUUUUCACACAGUAGAAAUAUAUUGUUUAGUUAUGUGAUGCCCAGUUGCUGUUCUUUGUUUGUUAUGAAUUUUGGACCCUUUUGAACUAGGAAUUAGUUAAAUUUAUGAACUAAGAGAAUUAGUGAUGGGGUAGGAUAGGAAGGAGAGUAGGGGGUUGCAGCAAGUAAGAAAGAAA